UUGCAAUCCAUCCCCAACAGUUCGAUCUUCGCAAUUUUAGUUUUUCACUUUGUACAAGUUUCGCUAAAAAGAAAACAAAAAAAUGGCAUCAAGCGAUGAAUUCAACGUCGUGACAGCAGCAUCGACACCUUCAGCAGCUCCACACUCGACGUGGCAUUCGCCGGUGCCCUACUUGUUCGGAGGCUUGGCCGCCAUGCUCGGUCUCAUAGCGUUUGCGCUUCUCCUUCUCGCUUGUUCUUAUUGGAAACUGUCGGGGUACCUUGGGAACGAAGGUGAAGGUGAUAAUAGAGACUUGGAGGAAGGACAGGGUAAAGGAGAUGAGAGUUCUGAGAAAGGAGGAGCUGCUGCUGUUGUGGAACAGAAGUUUCUUGUGAUAAUGGCGGGACAAGUGAAGCCGACGUUCUUGGCCACCCCCAUUUCUUCAACCGGCCGGUCUUCUUUUUCCGGUGAAAAGAGCUGUUGCUGUGCCGCUGAGAAGGCCGAGAACCAUUGAAUUUUUUUUAUUUUCUCCUUUUCUAUAUUUUCCGGUGAUCUCCUUGGGGGGUAGGGCUCCGGGUUUUGCUUUUUGGAGGUGGGGUUUUGCUCUUCUUUUUCUCUAGUUCUUCCGAUCUCUUCCAGCGCCAUAGAUGUGUUUGUAAACUCCAGAAAGCUGCAUGUAAAUUAUUGAA